CCAGCGUGGGCAUGCGCUGAUGUCACCAUACGCAGUUGCCUGCUUUUUUUUUUUUCCGAAAGUGACUCAGUUAAGCUUUGAGUCAGUCUUUAAACCCACCUGGAAAACAAAGUAGCGUAGUUCUAACUGCCAGUUUCCGCGAUGGAUACGGGGAGGUGGGCCGGGAGGAGAACGGAGCGCGCGACGGCGGGGGAACUUGGGUGUUGCGGAAUUUAACGGAAUGAAAGUGCGCGCGAGUAGCUGAAGCGGCGAUGCCACGGCUCAUCCUGUACACCACUGAGCACCCUGACAGCUGGAUAUCUCUCUGCUGCAGACACAGGUGGGCUUUGGGCUUCGUGAUGUCACAUACGGAAUUUGUUAGCUGCAUCUGUCGGAUCUUGCCAGUCAGGAGGCCCUGUUUCACCAACCUGAGAAAGACAGACGGCCAGCAGAGCCAAUGGUCGCUAAGAGAAGACAAGCUGGACGUGAACUCCGGAGCCGUUGUGGUGUCUCAGUUCUGCGCUGGACCUUUUUCCACACGUGCUAGCGUGGCUGGAUGUAUCCCCCACUGGAGCAGUACUCUGGCCGCUGUUCAUGGGACUUCCCGUCUGGCGGCUCCAGUAGAGCACCAUGGGUCCCCAGCACCAGUCGCCCUUGGCCUCCUCCACCCAGGGCCAGCAGGGGAGUAUACCAGGUCCAGCAUCCAGGCCUAAACCAUUCAUCAGGAAGAAAUCAUCACAAAGCUUAUAACAAUAGACCGCCGGAGUUCAGCAGGGAGCGAGCUCACGGUCACCCCAGAGAGAGAGGCCCCGACAGGGAUCGGGGAGCGCCGCGGCCCUGGGGCCCCCUGCCCGGACGCCACCAGAACCCAGACCAUGCUCUCACUGGGUUCAGCUCAGGGUGCAGAGGACACGUCUCCAGCAACCACACCAGCCAACCUCAGAGGUAUGGAGGCCCUCACCAGCAACAACGGCCCCUGCAGGUACACGGAGAGAGGUGGAGCCCGGCGGCACAGUCCCGGGCCUUCUCGAGCCCCUCCCUCAAACGCCCCGCGCCCCCACCCAGCCACUCUGGCCUGCUCCGAAACCCCUCGCCACCCAGAGACGACUGCCCUAACAAGAAGAGCAAAGGCGCCCUCAGCUCACACCAGAUUUUUAGCCCCCGGAUGAAGCACCCGAUGAACCGCCUCCCUCUGUCCCACCCGCCUCGAACCUGGAGCCCCCCGUACCGAAACACUGCCCCCUGGAGUCAGUCGGAUAAAAGGCAUUCCCCUUCACGUUUCCAGGAGUCCAGUCAGUCCAGCGCCAGAGACCACUCCCACAGGAGCCGGCCGUCCAGUCAGGCCUUCCACAGUGCCAAGCCCCUGCGACCAGGCCACACCCCCCCCGAGCUCCGUCCUUGUGGAAGCGAGGGUGACUGGGGGCACUGUGUUCCGCCAUCACCAGCAGACUUCACCAGAGUGCCUUACAACCUCAAGCACCAGCUCCGCACCGCCCCACCCAGGCACCCAGACGCCUCAGGCGACGCGCCCGCGCUCGCAGUACCUCAUCCCAGCCGCGGCUCACCCACGCCGGUCUGGAAGUCCCAGCCGCACCCGGCCGAGCAGAGCAGCGAGGCCAGGCGCUCCGGUCCGGCAGCAGAACGAAGGCCGCCGCCACAGGGGCUAAAAGAUGGAGGGAGUCGCCAUGGCCAUCCCAAACCCAGCCAACCCCACUUCAGCCAAAGCACCGGCGGCGCGUUGCACGGCGCCCCCGGCGGGCGAGAGCGUGGCAAGCGCCGGAGCCCGGACGCUGAGGCCUCGGCCCCGCGCCCGAGCACCGAGGUGGGCAGCGCCCCUCAAAGACUGGAGGGGAGGAAGAGCAGGACUCCCAAACACCAGAGUCCCGCACCGUCCCGCUACGGCCACGCGGGCGUCCCCGACCACGGCACCCAGGAGAGGCCAGCCUGCCGGCCGGACGCAGAGACCCCGAGGCACGGCCAGGACAGGAAGAGGGACCGGGAGCGAGAGAGGAGGCAGGAGAGGAAGGCGGAGGAAGGGCCGAGCGAGCGCCGGGAGAGGAGGGAGCGCAAACUGGAGGCGAAGAAGAAGCGAAAGGCGCGAGAAGAAGGGAGGUCGCGCCGGGAGAGGAAGACCGUGCGCCAAAAGAGAGAUGCGGGGCCCAGGCUCACCGAGAGGAAGGAAAAAGAAGGGAGGAGAAGACAGAAGAAAGCAGAGAACGAGGGCGCCAAAAAAGGUGAGAAGAAGAGUUUUAGAGAAGCGGCUCCCCAGACGUCCGGAUGUCGGAGUCAGGGCCGGAGUCCAGCCCGCCUUGUGUCUCUGACAUCAUCCGCCGCGUCGGAGACGUCAACCCACGAGUGCACUGAGCCUGAGGAAGAGGAGGAGGAGACCAACUGCCACUCUGACGCUUCACACACCUCAGGGUCCGCCCCACCCACCCCCACCCCUCUGACCAAUCGGAGCCGGACGCUCGCUUGUCAUCCUAAAGACGCAUCCAAUAGUAGGACCUCGGUGAGUGAAGACAGCAUGUCCUCCUCUCGUGGGAGUCCAAAUACCAGCAGCGUCGGUUAUCCAGAGGAGCGUUUUGGCCCCGGGGCUUCUAUCUCUGCUCCCCCUGCUGGCAGCGAGCAGGAGCUGCGAUCCCUAGAGGAGCGGCAUGCUCCGGACCUGCUCCCGGCACACAGCCCCUGCACGGAGGAGCACUUGCGCCCGGAUCCCGCGGGCAGCCCGCCCGUGCUCAGCUGGCAAGGUUCUCCCGUCUCGGACCUCAGCGAGGAAGAGGAGGAGAAGAAAGGCACUGAUGUAGACAGAGUGCUGAGGAGGCCUGUGCUUCAUCCCAGCCCCACUCGGUCCUCUCCAGCCCAAGGCGCGGAGGAGCUCCGGAAAAAGCCGGACGAGUCCAGAAGCAGCCUGGGGCCAGACUACCGGCACAGCGACUUGGCCCGACUCUACGGCCUUGCCGAGCCCCCUGCGGUCGCCGAGGAAGAGGAGGACGAAGAGCACGAGGCAGAGCAGCGGGACAGCAGCACGGUGAGCUCUGAGGCUGCCCAGCGACCCCACCUGCACCAGACGGACAGCGCGUCAACCACCGGGGGCCACAGGUACACCUACAGGGGCGGGCCAUUCGGGAGGCCGCCUCCCGGCGCGCUGGCCGGGGUGAAGUAUUCUUCAUCUCUCUCGCUGGGGCCCGAGAUACGUCCUCCAGAGCAGCACAGCCCCAUCUCACAGACCCCUGCGUCUGCUGCGUCUCCCGGGAACGCCACACUGUCUGACCUGACGCCAGCCAGCCUGCCCCUGACAUCCUCGGGUCUGCCUUCCCAGUCGGAGGACAAGCAGGCAAAGGAGGUGGAGGACCAGGAUGUUGAGAAGGGGGACACGGACCCGAUCAAAGGCGCCGAGCCACCGAAGGAGUCGAGCUGCACAGCCAUAGAGGAAGAGAGAGAGUCCAAGGGGUCGCCCUGCCCCCUGUCACCAGCCACGCUGCAGGCGCAGUUGGCACUCAGCUGUGAGGUGUUGCUGACCCAGAGCUCCAGGCCUGUCCCAGCAGAAGGGCGGAGCAGGAAGAGUCAGCCAAGGAGCAAGGCAGUGGAGAGAGAGCGGGAGCGAGCCAAGGACCGGAAGAGAGACCGGGAGAAGAGCCGCGAGCGGAAGGCCGACGGCGGCACGGCGGGAGGUUCCGGCGUGAGAGAAGGAGGGCGGAGCAAAAAACAGAAGGGGAGGCACGAGGGCAAAAUGAAGAACCGUCCACUGACCCCUGGCACUUUCCCCUCCGCCCCUGACGAACCCGGCACGCAGCUCGCCCGGAACAGGGGCAAACAUCCAAGGGCAGCAGAGGGCAUCGAACGGCCGAGCACGGCGACGGAGGGGGAGAGGGGGGCGGAGCCGGGGAGAGCGGAGGAAGAGGAAGCCAGAGCCGCGGACAGUGAUGACAGCCAGCGUGAUAGGGCGGCGCGCGCGGUGACGACCUCUGCCGCCGCGAGCGGCUCCCGCCCGGCCGCCCGGCUGAGCGCCGAGGAGCAGAGGCUGCGCGCCCGGUCCGCCGUGCCCCUGAGGGAGCUCACUGUCCACCUGGUCAAGCUGAACCAUAACGGGAGGCACACAUUCCUUGCCUCGGAGAUCGAGGAGGAGAAAGUCCUGCUGAAGGACAUCAGCAUCAAAAACAGCGCGGCGGAAAUCAUCAAGGCCUGCAAAGGGGCGAAAGUAAAAGGGACAUUCCGUGAGUCCUACCUGCUGCCGGCGCUGUCCGUCAAACCCGUGCUGAGCGUUGACUCUGCCGUUCUGCGAGACAAGCUCAACCCUCCCACGCCCAGCAUUUACCUCGAGAGUAAGAGAGAUGCAUUUUCUCCAGUCUUGCUGCAGUUCUGCACAGACCCCAAAAACCCUGUUACUGUUAUCAGAGGCCUGGCAGGCUCCCUCCGGCUCAACCUGGGCCUGUUCUCCACCAAGUCUCUGGUGGAGGCGAACAGUGAGCAUGCGGUGGAGGUGAGAACCCAGGUGCAGCAGCCAGCCGACGAGAACUGGAACCCGGCUGGUUCGGCCCAGACCUGGCCGUGUGAGAGCAGCCGUUCCCACACCACCAUCGCCAAGUAUGCACAGUACCAGGCCUCCAGCUUCCAGGAGAGCUUACAGGAGGAGAAGGACAGCGAGGAUGAGGAUGAUGGAGAGAAAAACCCAGAGUCUUCGUCCAGUAGCCCUUCCGCCCCAUCCAGCUCGGAGCAAAAACCUGUUGGGAAAAUAAUUAAAUUUGGAACCAACAUUGACCUGUCUGACCCAAAGAGAUGGAAGCCCCAGCUGCAGGAGCUGUUGAAGUUGCCUGCGUUCAUGCGUGUGUCCUCCAGUGACAACAUGCUCAGCCACGUGGGACACACCAUACUGGGCAUGAACACCGUGCAGCUGUACAUGAAAGUACCGGGCAGCCGCACACCAGGCCACCAGGAGAACAAUAACUUCUGCUCGGUGAACAUCAACAUUGGUCCUGGAGAUUGCGAGUGGUUCGCUGUUCACGAGCACUACUGGGAAACCAUUAGUGAUUUCUGUGAAAAACAUGGAGUGGACUAUCUGACAGGCUCGUGGUGGCCAGUUCUAGAAGAUCUGUACCAGGCCAACGUUCCUGUGUACCGGUUCAUUCAGCGGCCCGGAGACCUGGUGUGGAUCAAUGCUGGCACCGUCCACUGGGUGCAGGCAGUGGGCUGGUGCAACAACAUUGCCUGGAACGUGGGGCCUCUGAACUCCUAUCAGUAUCAGCUGGCUCUAGAGCGUUUCGAGUGGAAUGAAGUCAAAAAGGUCAAGUCUAUUGUUCCCAUGAUUCAUGUGUCCUGGAACGUUGCCCGCACAAUCAAGAUAACAGACCCAAACACGUAUAAAAUGAUCAGGCACUGUCUCCUACAGUCCAUGAAACAUAUCCAGAUUCUGAGGGAUCAGCUCGUAGCUGCUGGGAAGAAGAUUUGCUACCAAGCCAGAGUGAAGGAUGAGCCGGCAUACUAUUGCAACGAGUGCGACGUGGAGGUCUUUAACCUGCUCUUCGUGACCAGUGAGAACAGCAGCAGGAAGAUGUAUGUGGUGCACUGUGAGGACUGUGUCCGGAGAAGGAGCUCCACCCUGUCGGGGGUGGUGAUGCUGGAGCAGUACCGCAUGGAGGAGCUCAUGAACACCUACGAUAACUUCAAUCUGGCUCCGGUGCCGUGUUCUAAAUGACCCUGGGGUUUGAUGCUCUAAGUGACCCUGGGGUUUGGUGUUCUAAGUGACCCUGGGGUUUGGUGUUCUAAGUGAUCCUGGGGUUUCAUGCUCUAAGUGACCCUGGGGUUUGGUGUUCUAGGUGACCCUGGGGUUUGGUGUUCUAAGUGACCCUGGGGUUUGGUGUUCUAAGUGACCCUGGGGUUUGAUGCUCUAAGUGACCCCGGGGUUUGAUGCUCUAAGUGACCCUGGGGUUUGGUGUUCUAAGUGAUCCUGGGGUUUGAUGCUCUAAGUGACCCUGGGGUUUGAUGUCACACAGCCAUAACCAAAUCUCCUGCACACUCAGCAGCUGCAGCCGUGCCAACCUUCAUUUCUCUCCUGUUUUUGUUUUCAUUUUUCAUUUUCUGUUUGUAGUCUUUUGUUUUGACUAAAACCACUACUGCAAACUCUCUCUCUUUCUCUCUGCGUUCCCAAUCAACAAGCUGUUUACUCGGUAUUGUUUACAAAACAACAUCGUCAGAUGCUUCUCCACCUCAGUCGUCUUCCCCUCCUCCGGCUACUGACGGGACGUGACGCUAUAACGCUGUCAUUAGGCAUUAUAACAGCCCUGCGCAUGGAAUGAAGAGAGAGGCUCAAACUGCAUAAUGUGAACUAAAAACUCACGGUCCGGUCAGUUGUACAAGGAGGAAAAUGUUGUGGUUCUUCAAAAAAACAAACAAAAAAACAAACAAAAAAAACAAAACACACGCACACACUUGCCGAACAUGUGAAUUAAUUCAGGUACUGUUGUGGUUUACAGUUAUGCAAAUCUGAGGAUAUUUUCAGCAGUCUAGUUGUUCUCAGACUUUGAUGAGCAAGCGAUACUUGUUGGACUCAGUAGGGGAACGAGUCCUUCAGUAAAGAAGCUAAUUAUAACAGUGGCAUUACGUGGUAUUUCUGUUAUUGCUAUGGUUAUGUUUUCUCAUAUUUACUACAACUCUAAUCUUUGUAAAUAUGCUGUUUGCAUAUUUAUCUGGGUGCUAUAUUUUGUUUUGUGUCUUUUUUAUCUUUCAGAGGUUUUCAAAAAAAAAAAACCUAGAAUGACACCAUUUUGGCCUUGUGACUUGUAUUUAGACAAAAGGCAAUUCCUGGUGAUUUCUCGGAGCAUUAAAAAUGUCCUCGGAACGUUAAACACACAUCACAAAUCAUUCAAAAAAUACGGGUUAAUCCUAGAACUUAUUUGGUUGGUUGCAUUUGUCCAGAAAACCUUGUGAGUGUUUAGUGAACCAUUCUGUAUUAAUCAAGAUAAGAGAAUUCCCGUCCGUUUUCCUCAGAUUCCUUUUACUUUAGCUCAGAUUCUCUUUUAGUCAGCUAUGCUUUAUUUUGUUAGUUCUCAAACUGAAAUUCCUGAUUUUUUUUUUUUUCUGAAUUUUUUAUGUUCUUUUUCUCAUUGUAGUUUUAUUUAUUCGACUGCUCCUUGCGUAUUUAUUGAACACACACGGUGCUCCUCCUGAACGAGGCAGGUCCGGAUGUUUCUUUCCUCUAUUUCUCUCCGAGUUGUGCAUUUGUUUGGGCAGAGCUGAGGUCUGGAUGGGGGACGUCUGAUUCUGAACGGUGCUCGAGCCCCCUCCUCUCGCCUGUCUCUUCGUGUAUAUGAUCUAGAGAGUUACGUACAUGAAUAUAAUAUUAAUCUCAGAGCUUGGUGCUUAGAACAGACUCUGUACACCUUUAUGCCAUGAAUGUCUUUGUACUGUAUCCAACAGAUUAAAGAGUUUGCUUUACUUUACAUGAAAUACCAGAUAUCGUGAUACGUGUGGAUGACGACUGUCAUAAUUGCUGUUCUGAUCGCUACGAUCUUUUUAGAAUUAUUACCUGCAGAUUUCAUUGAGCUGUGGUUGUUUUUUGUCCACUUCUCUCCGAGUUUGUUUGUCAGGUUUAUUAAACUCUUGAUUUGAUUUUACUGUAAAUGAAAAGGGAAAAAAGACAAGAAAAAUGACAAACUGAGCCAGACCUGUCUUAAACACUUGUGUGAUUUUGUGUGUUAUAAUUGAUAGAACUAUGGGGAAAAGAAAUUAAA